AUCGUUAAUAUGCGGCUUCAGUAACAAGUACAUUCGCGUAUUCGAUAUUCGGGAUUUUUAUCGUCACCAGAUCAAUAUUCCGACGAAGGCUACGCAUGGCCUGUGUGUGGAUCCCUUCAGCGAUUGGUGUAUUGCCGCCUACCAUGAGUGCACCAUGCAGCUGUGGGACCUAAGACGUUGUGACAAGCCACUGCUGAUUAUAAAUGAGUCUAAGCCAAUUGUCAAACUGCAGUGGAGUCCUGUGAAAAAUAGUACGCUGGCAUGUCUUUGUCGGGAAUCAGACAUCGUCAAAGUCUACCAUCUGCAGCGAGUGAUGUCGGAUGAUGGUGAAUUGUGCUACUCAGAUUGCUAUAUCCAGUCGUACUUCCCAAAUGCCUCUGAUGAAGUUCUGUCGUUUACGUGGUAUCCACGCAAAGAAUAUCGUCUUCUAUUGGCCAGUUCUUCGAAUAGAUUUCAAGACGUAUCAUACCAUGAAAACUGCUGUUUGUCAUGGCGGGAUGCUGAUCUUCUGAUUUCCAUCGAUGGCACUUUGACCGAAUGCAUCGGUAAUUCGUGCUCUGCCGCGUUGAGUGAUGACGAUGACAUUUCAAUGGUGAUGAAACGACGAGCAGCCAAGGGCUAUGGACUGGCGAUUCAACACGAGCGUCAUGCGAAGAGCGAUCUUUUUGGAAAUAAUACAACCCUGAAAUGGUUUUGGGAUUGGAUUGACUUUGUGAAAGAUGCCAUUCAGGAAAACCACGACUCGUCCGAAUUCCCCGGCGUUAUCGGUAUCCUCUCUUCGCGAGACGGUCUGGAAUCAAAAGCACAGGGUGUGCCGUUGGAUCCGUGUGAUAUCAACUUUUCAUCCGUCACUGUUAAGAUAUACUUCAGCGAUCAACGAGAGAAGAUUCUGCAGCUUUGUGGUUGGGGCAAUAGCUGGAAGAACGAUCGCUUUGCUUCCGCUGACCCAUUCUUGCACAGUCUCUGUUCAAAGGGCGAAGUCGAACGUGCUGCCGCCAUUGCUCUGUUCACGGGUCGUUUGCAGCUCGCCGUCAAGAUCCUUAAUAAAAGCGCUUCUUUUGCCGAACAAGGCAGAAGUCUGCAGCUAUUUGCUCUUGCAUUAUCUGGAUUUCAAAAUGCGGCAAAUACCACCGUAACAUCCGUGGAUAAGCCAGAUGAACCAACUGCUUCGGGUGGCUUAUGGACAGAAAUCUGUGCCGCUAUGUUGCCAAGCAUUCAGAACCCCCACAUUAAGGCCAUGUUUUACUUUCUCUCCUGUGAGUAA